CACAAGAAUCGAUCAUUUCAGCUCAGUCAACCGAUCGCAGCGGCCACAUUGACCCGAGCUCCCCGAUUUCCAACCGUUUUCCUUUCAACACAAAGAAGAAACAAAAAUGGAAAAACUAAGCGACGCCAUCCCCAGAAGAACCCUUUGCACCGACGAGGCACCACAAGCUGCUCCCGGCUUGCUGCAAAGGAUCUUCAGGUAUCUCAACCCCUGGGGUCAACCUCCCCCGGUGACCCAGGAACAUCUGCAGGAGUCACCACUGCAGGAAGACGCAACCCACCCGGACACAAACACGGAGACUGCGGAGGCACCACAAGCUGCUCCCGGCUUGCUGCAAAGGAUCUUCAGGUAUCUCAACCCCUGGGGUCAACCUCCCACAGAGGCCCAGGAACAUCUGCAGGAGGCACCACAAGCUGCUCCCGGCUUGCUGCAAAGGAUCUUCAGGUAUCUCAACCCCUGGGGUCAACAAAACCCAAACCCAAACCCGGGAGUCAGGGGUGAACAAAACAACCCCAAUAAGAAAAAAAAAAGGUUCAAAAUCAACCUGAAGACGACGGGAGUCAAACGGGACUGGAGAUCAAAGAUCAUGUAUUUCCUCCUCCUGCUACUGUUUGCUGGUGGAGUGACACAGCACGUACACCACAGCAACCAGCUACAAGACGCCCGGCUGCAAAUAACCACCCUCACGCAGCUGAUGAGCCGAUUGAGUCCCGUCGCAGACACAAUGGCCAACUUCGCCCAGGAGUCGCAGGGAGCCAGAGUCCUCCACCGCCUGUCCUCAGACACGUUCCGGACCUCAAUCCAAGACAAAAUGAUGGACCAGCUGCUCUCCUGGGUCACAACCUCCACCGACCACCAAAGAAUCAUCCAGGACCAGGCAAGAUCGCCCCCUGGAGCGUGCUGGUGCUUCGCGGGGGCCAAGGGACACGCCGUGGUCUCCUUGUCGCAUCCCAUCGAGGUCACGCACGUCACGAUCGGCCACGUCACAAAAAGACAGUCACUCACCGGGGAAAUCAACAGUGCGCCGAGGGAGUUCUCCGUCUACGGAUUGGUGCACGACAACGACGAAGGCAUCCACCUGGGGAGCUUCGCGUACAACAAGAACGGCCUGAGCUCCCAGACCUUUGAGCUGCCUGUCGCAGUCAAAGAUGUCUUCAGCCACAUCAAGCUGGAGAUAAAGACAAACUGGGGGGAUGAUGACCAAACGUGCCUCUACAACUUCAGGGUGCACGGGUAUCCGGUGUCUGGUUAGGGUGUAGAAGGUCGACCAACCCUGAACCGUCUAAGAACAAAUGAGAUGUCAUCAAAUGGAAUACAUAAAUAUGUGAACAUGGGUAUGCAUAAAUAGAUGUAUUAGAUGACAUGUUCACAGAUGUGUUCGGGUUGGUUUGCCUUCCCACGUGGGUUUUCCCCGGGUCCUCCGGUUUCCCCCCACACACCAAACACUGUUUGGUUUACAGUUGGCAGAAGACGAUUAGGUCUUUUGGGGUUUUCUCCGGGUUCUCCGGUUCGCCCACACACACCAAACAUUGUUUGGUUUACAGUUGGCAGAAGACGAUUAGGUCUUUUGGGGUUUUCUCCGGGUUCUCCGGUUCGCCCACACACACCAAACAUUGUUUGGUUUACAGUUGGCAGAAGACGAUUAGGUCUUUUUGGGUUUUCUCCGGGUUCUCCGGUUCGCCCACACACACCAAACAUUGUUUGGUUUACAGUUGGCAGAAGACGAUUAGGUCUUUUGGGGUUUUCUCCGGGUUCUCCGGUUCGCCCACACACACCAAACACUGUUUGGUUUACAAUUGGCAGAAGAGAAUUUGGUCUUUUA